UAUCAUCCGUGGACACCUUCUUCAUGGCUUAUAUUUGCCUUUUAGUAUUGUAUAUUGAUGUUACAACGUAAUCUUUUAUUUCACAUAAAGUUUUGUUUUCAUACUUACAUAAUACAAGGAAGACAAGAAAAACGUAAUAUAUAUCUUUUAGUCAGCCUUGUUCUUUAGAUAUUUCUCAUCUUUUCAUGUCGACCUAAAAGAUAUUUCUCAUAUAAAUACUCAAACUUGUCGCUUCAAAACGAAGAUACAAAGAUAUUAUUCUUAAGUUCUUAUACGAGACCAUACGAACAACGGUCGAUAAAAGGGCAAAAGCGAAAAAAAUCAAACAAAUGAAAACAUCUCAACAACAACAUCGUUGCGGUUCGACACUAGUACAAACCAUCAAUGCUCCAUUGCCUCUGGUGUGGUCAAUACUACGACGUUUUGACUACCCGCAAGCCUAUAAACAAUUCGUGAAAACGUGCGAUCUAAGCUCCGGCGAUGGAGGAGAAGGCUCUGUCCGUGACGUGACGGUGGUUUCCGGUCUUCCGGCGGGUUACAGCAUAGAGAGGUUAGAUGAGCUAGACGAUGAGUCUCACGUAAUGGCGAUUAGCAUUAUUGGCGGUGACCACCGUCUCCUUAAUUACCGGUCUAAAACGACGGCGUUUGUGGCGGCAGAGGAGGAGGAGAAGACGGUGGUGGUGGAGAGUUAUAUGGUGGAUGUGCCGAAAGGAAAUAGUGUGGAGGAAACAACGUCCUUUGCUGAUACCAUCGUUGGGUUUAAUCUUAAGUCAUUGGCUAAGCUCUCGGAGAAUAUGGCACCCAAGCGAAAAUCGUAGUUCUAAAAUUUGUAGUAGUUAAGUUAUAGUUUUAAAGUUGUAAGAAUUAAAACCCUUAUUCAAGGAGAGUUUAGAACUUUAGAUAGUAAUGUAGCCAUAUCAGAGGGGAAAUAACGAAGGUACUUUGUAUAAUAUUAAUUAAGUACAUGUGUUUUGUGAAAUAACUGAAAAGAAAAUUUAAAGAAAAAGAAAAA